AUGAAAAUAUUUAUACAAAUUCAAUCUCCUAGUGAUUGUAUAAGACUUCAAACUGACCUUGAUAAGUUUUUUGAGUGGUCGACUACGUUAGGACUAUCACUUAAUCCGUCCAAGUGCAAAGUCAUAACAUUUUCUAGGAGUCAAUCUCCGAUUUUCUUCCCAUAUCGCCUUGGCAACGACGACAUCCCUCGUGUGUAUGAUAAUGUUAGGGACCUGGGAUUCAUAUUAAGCCAUAAUCUUGAUCCUAGUGCUCACAUCCAACAUGUAUGUUGUAAAGCCUUAAAGAUGCUUGGUAUUAUUAUAAGAUUGUCCAGAGAGUUCAAGCUGGGAAGUUCAGUAAAAAUUCUAUUUUGCUCAUUGGUCCGCCCUAUAUUGGAGUAUGGUAGCGUGGUAUGGGACCCCCACACGGCUGAAAACGCUCGUCAAUUGGAAAGGGUUCAAAAUAAAUUCCUUUGUUUUGCUGGACGCGCGCUUGAUUUGCCUUGUCCGCCUCAUGAUUAUACUCCUGUGGCUAAUCAUCUAGGUCUUUCCUCCCUAUCCUUGAGACGUAAUGUUGCGGGUUCUAAAUUCCUUAAGGGCUUGCUUGAUGGGAAAGUUGAAUGUCCCGCGCUAUUGUCUCUGGUCCCUUUCAGGGUUCCACAGAUCAAUACCAGGUCAAAUGCGCCGUUCCGUAUCACGCAAGCCCCUACAAACUACCUUCUGAACGAACCACUUCGCCGAUUACUAAGGUAUGCCAAUAGUGAUCCUAAUUUUAUGUUGUAA